UUUUUUUUUCUAUGAGUUGUUUUUUGUCGAUGAUCUGAGUUUAUGCCAAAAUGAUGCCAAAUUCCAUUAUCUGUGGUUUACGCAUUUUUGGGCUUGCUUGGCCGCUGUGUUUCUAGGUUAUAAUUUUGUAAUCAACGAAAAAAGAAAAACCUAUUAAAAUGGCGGCGGCUAUGCCAAUAAACCCUAAACCCUUCCUCAACAGUUUGACCGGUAAAUCUGUGCUGGUAAAACUAAAGUGGGGCCAUGAAUACAAAGGUUUGCUAGUGUCUGCUGAUGGAUACAUGAACUUGCAACUAGCUAAUACUGAAGAAAUCGUCGAUGGAUCAUGUACAGGAAAUCUUGGCGAAGUCCUCAUUAGGUGUAACAAUGUCCUGUACGUCAGGGGAGCUGAGGAGGAAGACGAGGAGGGAGAAAUGAAAGAAUAACAUUAAUUAUUUUACUAUAGAUAUAAGGGUUAGGUUUAAGUUUUCCAUACCUUAAGUCUUGUGUUGAAACAUCAUCAUCAUCAGCCUAUUGCAGUCCACUGCUGGACAUAGGCCUCUCCAAGUGUGUUGAAACAGUUGUUGAAUAUUCCCAGAUAUAAUGUCAAUGUAGUAGUUCAACUUGAAUGGCAAGGCGACAAGAGCGUUCAGCAAGAGUUAGAACUAUUCUUUUUUAAAAAAAAAGAUUCUGUAUAAAGGCUAUUUGUACAGUACCUAUGUACAAAAUAUCUUGGCAAAUCUUUAGUAAGCUGCUUGACAGCCCAGUAGAACUUUUGUGAACGAAUUUGAUGAGUGCUCAGCUAUUUAAUUAAGUUCAGAGAUAUCUAAACACAUUGGACAUACACACUGUAAUAAGUCAUUAAAAGUUAACAAGCAAUAUUGUUUGUUUCACUGGGAAUUAUAAGUACUUCAACAAAUAAGUAUGUGUGAUAUUUAAAAUUUGUAAUAACACAUAUUGCAUUUCCAAAUGUCUAUGAUAAACCUGAAUAAAACGUUAUUCAGAUACA